AUGGCAGCAGAAGCCAACGGAACAGCCACAGUCACGCCCAGCUCUGGUGCUGGCGAACUCCUGCCAGGGCAGCCCCUCAGCCUAACCCAGCCUGGGCAGAUAAGUCCACCCCAGAAGGUGACCCAGCCCGGGCUUCUGGCUCCAAACUGGCACCAGGAGAAGGCCCAGAGGAGGAGCCGCCUUCUCCGGGAGCUGGGCGCCUUCCAUGUCAUCGUCGCUGUGCUGCACCUGUUCUUGGGUGCUUACCUGCUCUCCAGAGUCAAGAGCCUUCACCUGGUGGUGCUAAAGUCCUGGUAUCCAUUUUGGGGUGCUGCCUCUUUUGUCAUUUCAGGGAUCUUGGCAAUAACAAUGAAGACCUCUCCUAAAAUGUGUCUGAAGGAGUUAUGCCUGAUGGCAAACCUCAUCAGUUUCUUCUGUGUGCUGUCCGGCCUCUUUGUCAUUGCCAAGGAUCUCUUUCUGGAGAGCCCAUUUGAGUCCUCAAUCUGAAGAAUGUACCCCAACACCACA